AUGGCGGCUCGGGAGCGCGGUGUGAUGAUGGCGGCCUCGGAGCGCAGGCUCCCGAGUCCCGAGGCGUUCGUGGGCCAGUCCUGGAGCAACUGGAUCGAGCGGGCCGAGGCGCUGCGGUUGUCGGACGAAUCGGAGGAUAGUGGCAAGGAUGUGAGAAAGAAGUUUGAAACAAUGAGGCUCAUUAGAGAAGAUAUGCCAAUCUUUGGUCACUGUCCAGCCCAUGAUGAGUUCUUCCUCGUGGUGUGUAACCAGUGCGGACAGGUAGUUAAACCUCAGGCAUUCCAGAUGCACUGUGAGAGAAGACAUGGGUCUCUGAACAAAUUGUCAGCACGAAGAGCUCCUGCCUUGAACUCCCCAAGCUCCAUUGUCCUACAGAAAUCGCGAUACAACAGUGUCCAAACUGCAGUUACCUCUAACCAUGGCACCAGUUCCUCCAAGGAGAAACUACAGAGCCCUGGUAACAAGGUGCUACAGUUAGAAGUGCCUUCAAAGGGACCAAAAGAAAAUCUGUGCUUGUUUGUUCCUGUGGUGAACCUGGAAAAGAUCCCAACUCUCAGAAAGGCAGACAACUCCUGCAUCAAACUGAGCUCCAAGCUUCCUGCCAUUUCCCUGUCCCCUCCCGACCCCACCUUGCCAUCUGCCAAACCCACUCCGGCCACUGUCCUUGAUCCCGCGACAAAGACUAUGGCAGCGAGCGCAAUCCCAAAGGUGGCCGACCCUCUACUGUCAGUCCCGGUGGUUCAGAACGGUAAAGGGGAGAGGUCACCCAUGUUGGAGGAGCCAACACUAAGUAACAGGAGAAGCAGCCAUAAAAUCCACAGAAGAACAACAGAGAAAGAAAGUGACCUCAAUAAACACUGCGGAGUCAUGGACCCAGACACCAAGAAACACUGCACACGUUCGCUCACUUGUAAGACGCACUCGCUGACUCAGAGAAGGAGUGUGCCCGGGCGCCGGCUUGCCUUUGACGAAUUGCUGGCAGAACAUCGGGCAAGCCUGAAGAAUAAGGAAACAGUUAAAGAGAGAAAGCAACAGGCCAAGGAGACAGCACCACUCUCUCCUGUGCAGGAGACAACUCCUGGUUCGGUGAUGCUGGGUGUCUCUCCGAACCGGCCAAAGGUUGCCAGCUGCUCCAGUUCAAGGGUUUCUUUGGAAAGUGAGCUGACUGAUGAUGAGACACCCCCAGCUGAUCCUGUACCACAUCCAGAGCUCCCCUACCCUUUGUUCAGGUUUGAGAUAAACAGCCGGCUAUCGAGCGAGGAGAGUGACGGAGAAAUGACAGAGGAAUCUGAGAAGCCAGAUUGUCACUAUUCGCGAUUGCACCCGAAGCCUCUGGCAUUUUGCACUUUUGGAAGCCGAAUGAUUAGUCGGGGCUGCUACGUCUUCAACAGGCGCUUGGAUCACUUCCGCUCAGUCCUCAAUUCCAUGGUGGAAAGGCACCUGAAUUCUCAGAUGUGGAGGAAGAUUCCUCCGGCCACGGAAACACAGAGAACGCCACUCCUUCCGCCUCCUGCCCCCUCGCCACUCUCGCUGCGGUCUGUGUCGUCUCUUUCAGUAACUUCAUCUUUGUCUUCUUCCAUGGGCAUGGAACUGAAGCCUGUACCCUCGCCUGCCAGCCUUGCUGAAGCUCGAGCCCCAGCAGACCCGCCCUCCGCCUGCUGCUGCUCUCUUCCUCCGGCGACCCCCCCGACCCCAACCCCUUCCCCAUCUUCAGGGAGGGCGCCCUGGGCAAAGACCGGUCGGGCACCUGGAUUCCACCAAGACCCGCGUCCCACUGGCGAGACAUCACCGGGCAAACGGAAGAAACCAGCGGCCUCCUCCUCUGACCUGCUCCCUUCCUCGGACCCCCCCAUCAAAAGAAACUGCGUAUUGAGUCUGGACAGGAUAAGCGCCCCCCUUCCUGGUGGGACAGCCUCCUGCCCUCCCACCUCGAAUACCUCUUCACACAAUGCUAACAACGGACUCAAUGCCCAUGGACCCAAAGCAGGACGCUCAGGACAAACUGGAAUUCUGAGCCUUUCAGGGAACUCCCUCAAAGGGACUAGCAGGACGGUGGAACACUUUGGUCCCAAGAGGGAUGCCCGCCUCUGCGAGGCACGUCGGCUGGGGGCCCACAACCCUUCAUCCCCACCACCGACCGUCAACUCCCCCGCACGGACCGAGGGCAGGAAACGGAAGAAUGCACCCUCCUGUUCAAAACCCACUAAAAUAGCCAAGGCCCCUGAAGUCAACUGUGUUCAAAGGAAGAGGGAAGAGAGCCUGGCAACAACUCGACCUCACAGCAACUCACACACGCACAAGACAAAAGUGCGCCCCUGAGAGUGAGCCUGGCCUAGCUCUGAGGAGAUAUGGAGCCUGGAAUCUUCCGUCCAUCAGUUUCCACCUCUAGCCCUUCUCUCACACAAAACGGACACAGUCAAAGUUGUUGAGACCUCAGUUGUACCACAGGCUGUUUAUGCACAAAUCAAAGCAGGCACUCCCACUAGCCGCCUUAUUCGGUAUGAACUAUUUUGUCGAGCUCCGUGUCUGUAGCAGGAGUCACUGCGCUCAUCAUUCAUUUGCUUUGUUUGUUCCUUACUUCCGAUUACUCUGCUCUAAGGUAACGCCUUCUUGUUUUCUUGACAUGGCAACCUUGCUGUGCACCGAUAUGAAAGGGAGCAGUUUACAAACGUGUGCAAAAUCACAGGUGAGACACACACCGAAUGAUUUUGCCUUAAAGCAGUGGAGAAUGACAGGGAGCCUUCCCACCACAUCUUCGAUCUGUGCUCCCGGCAGGCGGGUGGUCUCCUCGUGGCAUCAUGCUUUUCCUGCACCCAUCCUUUCCGAAAGGCACUGACUCGCAUCGGGGUUCAGUCCCACAGGUGCCGGACACCCGCUGGGUACCAUCCUCUGGGAGCCAUUCUUUUCAAGUGAGCCUAGGUAUUUCACAGCCAUGGUCACAAGCAAGAGCCCAACCAGUGUCCACUGCAAUGAGAUCAUCACUACAUCCCUCUUGUUACCCUAGUGGCCACAUUGGACGUUGUCCAUUACCCACAUUAAGCAGUCAGGUAGAGGAAGGAAGCAUAAGAGAGAUAGACGAUGGUUUCACAGCUUGAAGUUCUUACCGAAUUAAUGAUCAGAAAACUUGAACGAUUCAGUCACAAACCUAAAGGGGAGACGAAAGAUGACACUUCCACAGGAGCUGGAGAUGAAUGGGUUUUUUUCUCUUGAGCAUGUUACGUCAUCAGAAACCAGUGCUGACAUGAUUUCCCAGAACGCGGUUCCAGCAAAGGAGGCAGAUUUGGAAAAUCGCUUCUUGCACGUGCAGCCAUGACAAUCUGAGAUAGAACACACCAAGGCAAGGCACAGUUUGAUUUCUGGUGACAUGUAAUCAGUAAUUUUUUGCCAUUUAAGCCUGGUUGCAAAGAAUACCUUGGCUUGCCUCUCUGCCACCUGGCGAUGGUGUCACCACGGGUGACCCCCAGUGUUUGCUAAAGGUCUGGAAGCAUAAUGGCAUUUUAUUAACUUUCUAUCCCCUCCCCCCUCACUACAGCUUUCCCGCUCCUGAAGGUGCUAACUCGGUCAUAACCCUCCCCACCCAAGUACCAGUUGGCACUGCCCUCUGGUUCUUUGCUCAAGUGCAUUACCUAAGAUUGUGGAUUGGCUCCUAAUGGUCUGUAUGGCUCAGUACUAGAUCAAGCUGCACACAAACUGUUGAAGCAUUGGGCGAGCAGCUUUGAAAUAGCAUUCUGCUCUCUCUCCGACCCUGACAGAUGGGAGCUAAGCCAAAUUCACAUUUUAAGGAUAAAAACAACUCUGCCAGUGUCCUACACCCAAUUGCACACACCUCCUUUAGUGACCAUUGCACAGAGCUGGAGCCUAACCCAGCAGGAAAGGAAAGAAAAAUUUACGAUGUCCUCUGCAGAAUCAUUCAGCAUGAAGAGUAUGUUACAAAAAAGAGCAGUUUUAAAUAGCAGACCGCAGAAGUUCACAGAUGGGGAAUUUAUAUUUAAAGAGAGGAACACUUUGCAGGUCUCAGAAAGCUUCCAGUCUCUCUGAGCAGAUUCCUGGAGUGUUCAAAGUCUGACAAGCUCACUGUGUGACCCGGGUCUUCAAUCAAACUUACUUUUGUUUUUUUCCAACUGAAUUAUUCUCAAACCAAAUCAUUCCUUACUCCACGAUAAGCGAAGUAGAAGCUUCAGACAGUUCGCUGGUGCUCCAAACUCCUCGUUAGGAGCAGAAGAGGUUCAACAAUCUUCUAAUUUCAUUCAGUUAUUUCAGUAUUUAUGUUUCUGCUUAAUUGGUUUUAUCAUCCUUUUUGAGAAUUGAGUGACUUUGUUUUUAUUUCUUCAUAACAUUUUUUCAUUGUAUUACUAUAUAUAUUUUUUAAAGUUCUGUAUUUUUUUAUAUAUAUGAUUUUUCUGUACAUUUCUCACAAUCGGCGCUGUGAAUCAAUAACCGAGGGACUGUGCUGAGCUGCCAAGCGUCUCUCCUGGUAGUGAUUUUAUUUUUUUCCCUGGAAAAUAUUUGAAAUCUUGAGUUAAAAAGAGGAAAAACAUUAACUGCGCAAUGUUGUUGUUCUCUCUGUCAGUGACUGGAAGGAUUAAGUCCCAGAUACACAUGGAAAUCUGCUGUGUUACAAUCAGUCACCUAAACUGAGAGGGCAUUUUUCGCUGCAAUAGUUCCAUUUCUGUGGCCACAAGCUGGGAGCUUGUGCCCAGUUUGGACCAGUUCUGGGACACACUCAGUCAUGUUCAGUUUAACCUACAACGCCGCACGGCAAAUUUGACUCUUUCAACUUGGGAAUGAUAUAGCAGCAACAUGGGCCAUUCAGUCCAUCAUGCCUGUGCCAGCUCUGUGAAGGACCUCUUCCAUUAGUCCACUCCCCUCUGCCCUUUUCCCAUAGCCUUUUCCUUUUCAAUUAUAUAUCCUACGGGAAAUGAACUUGGAGACUGAGUGAAAUCAGGUGUCAAUCUAAUGACAUCAGCUUCCCACCAGGCAAGAUGAGUUCAAGUUACUUCCAACCUAUAAUUUUGCCAUUGAAGAUUUUUUUGUGCAUUGAUGGCAUGUUUAAUGCUGGAGAAUGGAACCUCUUAGUAUUGAGCACCAGUUGUCAUCAUUAUCAAGCACUCCUAGACUAGGGCACAUUGUGCCUUAUUCAAUGACCACCUGUGCAAGAUCUAAACUUAGCCAAGGUUGCACUGCUUGAUCCAAUCCUGCGCCAGGUCUUGUUCGCUCACUAUCCCUGACAUUGGCAGCCUCCACAGGCUCCUUGACCUGCAAUGCACUGAGUUUCCUUCUUUAUGAAUCCCUUCCAAUUCCCAUCCCUGGACUUGCCUCUCCCUGCCUUUGCAUCUUUCCUGAAUCCUAUAUCUCUGUUUACACACUUUGGUCCUUAGAUCUGGCCUUGACUGCAUUUAUCCCUCCCACCCCCAUGCUGCCGCAAGUCCUCUGUGUCUUCCCUAUACUUCACAUCCCACCCUUUACAUGCUACUUCCCUCCCCUCAAUUAAAAGUCUCCACAGAAUCUAUCCAGUUGUGCUUUCAGUUCCUGCCCCCAACUGUCCAACUAUGAUUUGGCAUCCAUUUCUUCGUGAAGCAUCUUAGUACCUGUACCUUAAGAACACUGUAUAAAU